AUGGAGUUCGAAACUGAAGCUUCACAGCCCGCUGUUAUGUCAGCAAUCGUGAUUACAAAAAGCGACAGAAACGAGCGUGGUCCUGAUGAGUUGAGGAACGGAAAUUGGUGGACAGACGGAUAUCAAAACUGGGAUGAAGAAUCUUUCAAGAAAAGGUUAAGGGUGUCUCGAGACACUUUUGAAUUUAUUCUAAGCGAAAUUAAAGACCUUAUCGUGAAGGAGCCCACUCGCAUGAAGCCUCACCCUACUCCGCCUGCUACCCAGUUGGCUUUAUGUCUAUACAGGCUAGCACACGGAUUCGUUUACCUGCCAAGAAAUCUACAAGAGUGGAGUCAAGAACUGGAAAAUUUUCUGGGAAAUUGGGAGUUUCCUUGUGUUGGGGCGUGGGAUGGGUUUCAUGUUUACGUAAGCACUAAACUUAAGAACUUUUACAGUUACAAGAAGAGGUAUUCAGUUACAAACAUGGGAUUCAUUGGUUAUAACAAGCGUUUUAUGUGGGCUGCAGUGGGCGCCCCAGGAUCCACACAUGACUCUAGGCUUUUAAGAAGUUGUGGUAUUUAUUCUGACAUCGAAUCUGGUCACGUGCUUCCUAACAGGUCUUUGAAUCUUGACCCUCAUGGGGAGAUUCCGUUUACCACUGUGGGUGAUUCAGCCUUUCCCAACCAUUCCUGGCUUCUAAAACCAUACAAAGAUGGGACAAGGGUACCUAAGCAAAGGUAUUUUAACAGGAGACUUUGCUCUGCAAGGGUAGUUUCUGAACAUGCUUAUGGAAUGUUAAAGGGGCGGUGGAGAAUUCUCUACAUAAAGACAGAAUGUCAUUUAGACAACAUUUCCCUCAUCAUCAUGACCUGCAUUGCUCUCCAUAAUCUUUGCAUCCACCGAAGUGAUCCCUGUAACCCCAGGUGGAGACUUCAGGUCAAUGAACUCAAUCUGAUUCGAAAUGGAGAUGCCCAAGCUAAUGAUGGAAAUACAACAAGAGAAGCCGUUGCCAAUUGGUUGUGGGAUAUCAGAGAGGAAAGAAAUGCAGCCCCUUGA